AUGCCAGACGAUAAUCAGGCAACUGAUUGGGAUCAAUGCUGGCCUCGAUCGAGUAUAAGAAGGACGCUUGAUCUCCCUCAAACUCGACUUUUUUUUCUUCAUCCAACAAGCUAUUCACUCUUCAACACAAACUCAACACACUUUUACAACCUUUCGAAGUCUUUCUUCACCAAUACCUUCAACAUGUCUCCCUGCUCUUGCUGUAACCACGCCGACGCUUCUUGCACCAGCGCUUGCUCUUGCUGCAAGGUGAGCAUUCCUUAA